UGUGUCCUAAGAUUUUAAUCAUGGACUUCAAAUGUGAUUUAAAUAUGUUUCUUUUAAUUUCAAUUCCCGUCUGAAUUACUCGGUUCAAUUUAUUUCGUUUUUCUCUAAGUCGAUGCUCACUUCUUCUGUACCGACAAUUCUCAUUUCAUCCGUAGAUUUGAGCAGUGCAUAGAAUUUUGUUUGGACAGAUACAAGUUUCAUAGAUCAUUGAGAAUGUCUGAGAGUGACACGGUUCCCCUGCACCCUAGAUCUUCUCAAUCAGAUAUUGAUGAGAUUGAGAGUCUCAUAAAUGUGAGCGUACAACCAGCAACACCCUUGACACAACAUGCACCUGUGCUGCCAGCAAGACCUCCCAGCCCUCCCAGAGCAUCAAUUCCCGUCUCUACCUCACCCUUCACAUCGUCGCUGCCUCCAGUGACUCCCGUUUCAAAUGGGACUGCUCCUGUCACCGCUGCUUCAGCCGGCAUUGCUGCCACUGGAUUUGGUUCAUCUUCAACUACAUUGACAGAGCCUGUUUGGGAAACAAUAAAAAGAGAUUUGAUGAGAAUAGUGAGUAACUUGAAGCUGGUUGUGUUUCCCAAUCCUUAUCGGGAAGAUCCAGGGAAAGCAUUGCGUGACUGGGAUCUCUGGGGACCCUUUUUCUUUAUCAUCUUCUUGGGGCUCAUGCUGUCCUGGUCGGCAUCCAUCGAUAAGUCUAAGGUUUUUGCUGUCGCUUUCGCUGUGCUUGCUGCUGGAGCAGUUGUGUUAACACUGAAUGUCCUACUCCUGGGUGGACACAUCAUUUUUUUCCAAAGCCUUAGCCUUCUGGGAUACUGUCUAUUUCCUCUGGAUGUUGGAGCUCUUGUCUGUAUGCUCAAAAACAGUCUUCUACUUAAAAUUAUUGUGGUGCUUAUUACUUUAGCUUGGAGCUCAUGGGCUGCUUAUCCAUUUAUGAGUGCUGCUGUUGCACCAAGUAGGAAAGGACUUGCUCUUUAUCCUGUUUUUCUUCUUUAUAUUUCAGUUGGGUUCCUGAUCUUUGCCAUAGAUUAAGGAAGUUGAUAAUGCAUUUCUUUGAAAAAUUUGGAUAAGCAAUUGUUCCCAGCUUUAUAGGUCUUCUCAAGAGUUAUAUCUGAAAAAGAUUGCAUCCAAGAUCCUCUCAGGAUAAAUUACUGGAAACUACAAGUUUUGAUGCUGCUGAACUGCUUUGGUGUUUUGAUUUUAUGAGUUGGUUUAUCUUCUUCAACGCCAAAUUUAUUGGAGAUAGUGACUAUUAAAUGGUGUAGCAAGUUCAGCUUGGAUAUGAAUUCCAGUAUUAUUCAUUUUGUAUAUCACGAUGGUAUACACAUCUUUGUUGACUAAAUAAUUUGCAAUUUAAGUACGUAAUUAUGUGCUGA